CUGAACCUUACGGCUAUUACUACUAUUAUAAUAAAUAUGAAAAGCGCUCGGCCGAUGCUGAUGCUCAUCAAGAAAAACGUUCUGCCGAAGCUAAACCCUACGGAUACAGCUAUUACUAUUAUUAUCCUUACUACUAUAAACACUCUAAGCGCUCGGCUGAUGCUGAUG